AUGUCGCCUGGAAGGGUGCGAUCUGUCGAGUUCGUUUCCAAACAGUAUGACGAGGUUUUCGGCUUGAAAGAGUCAACCAUGCUUCUAAUUAAUGAGCUAACCACAAGAGAUAACGCAAUCUCCAUUAUGUGUGAUAAAAUUGCAAAGGCUAUGGAGGCAUUCGAAGCGUAUAACUACCAAUACAACAUCGAAAAUGUCCGCAUGCCCGCUCUAUUCGAGAAAGAAUCAAUCAUCAGAACAGGGCGCUCUCCUCUGCCUCAAAUUAUGUCAUGCUCUUGGUCGGGAGUGCCAGAUGUAUCACUCGCCGAUAUCGACACGGUUCAUAGAGUUCCUCCACGCACGGCUUUGGCACGGCCCAAUGCCAUUGUUUGCAAAUUCGCACGAAGACUUGCGAAAGACAGGCGGUGUGCAUCACGAGAUUCGACCAAUCAGAAUGCGUCAUUUGUGGAGUGGAAUUUCGCCCUCAGAAAGAGCCGUUUUAAGAGGUAUAUGUGGUGAAAUUUUCGCUUUAUUCCAGGCUUGGGUAAGUAAUUUCGACACUAUACCGCCGUGGAAAGUUGUUGGAACACUUUAUCUUGAUAGCAGUUGCUUUACUUUUAAAUAUUUUGCUUUCUUGAACGUUUGGGAAAAGUUUGAAUUGAUCGGUCAUGUGCAAGCCGCCGUGAGGAUUUGAGUGUUAUUUUCGUCGUUCUUCUUGGAUUCAUUGCUGGUUACUGCAGUUUUAUCGGAUUAUUCCGGUCAACUUGUUACUUCAACCUUUCUUCUUUAUAAAUUUCGGGGUCUACCAGGGUCUACCCCUGUUAUUUUCCCAGUUAUGAGGCGUUGAAAGUGUCUUGGAAUGAAGAGAUUGUAUCAGCCAAGUAGCACAACUUCCUGGAAACGGACUGAGAAACUUGCCGAAGCGAAAGCCGACGGGAAGCAAGUAACGCAAAAUCUAGGAAGAGUUUCUUUCAUUUUAAACCAAAAAAGGUAAAUAAGUUUGAUAACCUUUGGAAACAAAAUAUUUUUCAUAACCCAGUGCGGAAACUGAAAGCGUGUCUUGAAAACAAUUUGCACGCAGUAUGUGCUACAGGGGCACCGGGGUUUGAUUCAUCUCUCUCACGAGAUGCUAACUCGACCGUGUCACGUUUGCAAUGAGGGACAUAAACAGUUGUACCCAUGAACCUUUGAGGGUAGUGACGCACACCGCCUGUGCGAAAGAUAAGGUCAUGGCUGCAAGAGGGGGAGUUUUGGACAUAGAAGAGUCUGGACUAGGGUUCGAGGAAAACGUUGAUGUCCAAUAUAUCAAUCUCUACGAUCAUCUAACGCCUCGCCUUCUAGAGUUGCUAUAUUUCACGCUUCAAGACGGCCAACAGCUACAAGUUCUGCUGGGCGAAGAACGGCUUUGUGUAUCUCCGUAA